CCCAUCUUUUCAACUAGUGUGGUUUAAAAUUCUUAUCUUCAACUUCCACAAUCUCCUCCCUCACUCUCAACUCUGUACUCGGGUAAUCUCACAAGAAAUGGCUUCUGCAGCUAACCUUAAUCUCAAAUUGCUUGAAUGCUGCCAUUUCACAACCUCCAUUUCCAAACCCACUUGCCCAUUGCUCGCCUCGAGGCAAAUUCGCUUCCAGUCUUCUCCUGUUUCACUGAAAACCAAGAUUCCACCUUUCAAAAUUGUCCCAUUUGUAGCGCAGACUUCAGAUUGGGCCCAACAGGAAGAAGAUGAUGUAGAAGAAGAAGAAGAAAACAGUGGGAUUGAGUACGAAAGUGAUGGUGCUACAGAGGCUAAUGUCGCCGCUGAUUCAUUAGCGUGGGAGACUACAGAGGAUAACGUUGACGGCGACGGUGGAAGUUUGGACGAAUCUUAUACGGAGCCGUCGGAGGAAGCUAAGGUGUUUGUCGGAAAUUUGCCUUAUGAUGUUGACAGCGAAACUUUGGCUCAGCUUUUUGGUCAGGCUGGGGUUGUUGAAGUCGCUGAGGUGAUUUACAAAAGGCAGGCUGAUCAAAGUCGAGGCUUUGGAUUUGUAACUAUGAGCACUGUGGAAGAAGCUGAGAAGGCCUUGAAGAUGUUCAAUCGAUAUGAUCUAAACGGGCGAGUUUUAACCGUGACCAAGGCCACUAAAAAAGAUUCUCGACCAGAAAGGGUUCCCCGAACGUACCAUUCUUCUUUCAGGUUGUACGUCACCAACUUACCAUGGCAAGUGGAUGAUGCUCGUCUGGGGCAAUUUUUUAGCAAGCACUGCAAAGUGGUUGAAGCUAGAGUUAUUUACGAUAUCAAUACAUCGCGUUCACGUGGCUUUGGCUUCGUCACGAUGUCGAGCGAGAAGGAACUGAAUGAUGCCAUAGCCGCUCUCGAUGGGCAGGAUUUGGAUGGACGGGCGAUUAGAAUCAGUGUGGCUGAGGAAAAACCGAGGCGCAGAUUCUAGACAAAUGUUUCGUAGUCCAAUAUAGUGUAGUUUCUUUGUUGUGCUCCAGUUUUCCUUCACAAGUUCUAUUUUAAUUUGUAUGAUCAGUUCGAGGUCUAUUACAUGGAUUUUGUGAACAAGAAAUGUUUGAUUUUUGAUGAUUUUUCACGAGAACAAGAGGAAAUGUGAACCCAGAUGUUGAUUCAAAUUUUUAUUCUGAAUUUUCCACCCUUUUCUCAAUCCAGAGUCGAUGCCCAUCAAAUUUCAGUUCCUGAA